UAUUGAACAUUGGGUAGGUGCUUUGUUAGGUAGAAGGACAGGCGGAGCAACCCCAGAUGAAAAACAGGCUGUUACAUAAUGCAUCUGAAAUUUGAUCAUUUUUGAUCAUUUUGAUAUUACAUCUCGUUUGCCUUUUUAACAAAGCACAGGAGCGUCAUUGUACAUGCCUUACGUGAAUGUGCCGCCCAUUAGGACAAGGAUACAAUGUAGCGUACAGUAUAUUGAACUGACGAUGAGGAUUACUGAUAAAUGGAUUACUGAUAUAUUAAGAUGUUACUCUGGGAGUAAAACACUAUCACUAGGAUUCAUGGAGGAGCGGUCCCUUUAACGUUCUUCUCGCAGCCUUGUUUGUCGUUUUCUGGUUGCCACCCUGGUGCGCGUGUCACUGUCCUCCGCCAGUUCCUAUCUGGAGUGUCUGUCUGCUGGGGGCGAGUCGGGGUGUGUCUGCGAGCGAGAGAGCUAGGGUUUCAGAUACCCUACACACAAAAGGACACGAGCGAGAUAAAGAAAUGCAGCAAGAUCCGAAGCUGACACCACUCUUACUUUCACAGUAACCUGACACUUGUUCGACCCUCUGGACAGACUGCCUGGAAACAUGAAGAAAAAACAGACCCCAGCCAAAGCACCGGCUCCAGCUGAAGUCAAUAUGUCAGACAACGAGGUUACUGUGCAACAACUCAACGAGCUCUUAUCAAACGGCAGUGGAUUUUAUAGCCUGCCUACACAACAUUUCAACGAGGUCUUCCCCAGGAUUUACGUGGGCAACGCGUUUGUGGCCCAAAACGUAAUGCGUCUGCAGCGGCUGGGGGUGACCCACAUCCUCAAUGCGGCUGAGGGCAACUCCUUCAUGCACGUCAAUACCAAUGCUGAGUUCUAUGCCGGCACCGGCAUCACUUACCAUGGCAUUAAGGCCAAUGACACCGAGCACUUCAACCUCAGUGCCUUCUUCGAGGAGGGUGCAGACUUCAUUGAGAAGGCCCUGGCGCACAAGGACGGUAAGGGUAAGGUGUACGUGCACUGCCGAGAGGGGUACAGCCGCUCACCAACUAUGGUUAUCGCCUACCUCAUGCUACGCCACAAGAUGGACGUGCGGACGGCGCUUUCCACGGUGCGGCACAAGCGAGAGAUCGGCCCCAAUGACGGGUUCCUGCGUCAGCUGUGCCAGCUGAAUGAGCGGCUGGUGAAGGAGGGCAAGUUAAAGACUAAAUGAGAGCAUCCUGGCUGCGUUGCUGUAGGGCACAGGGCGCUUUGGAGGCCACCCGGGGGGCUCAGUGCCCCACUCAACCCAACCAGGCCAGCCAUCCCUCUCGUCCCAUCAUUCUGCCAUCCACAUCCACACAAGCCAUGCCCUCCAGUCUCCUGGCCUGGCUGGGGCAUGUCUCUCUGAGCUCCGCCCACAUGGACAGAGUGAGGAGGGGAAGGGGAGGAGCUCCCCCGCUCCCUUAUUUCUGUUUCCAGGGGUUCCUCACAAAAAUGACCCACUGCCAGCCCACACAGGUUGUUUUUUUUUGUUUGUUACUCUUCAAACUAUCUGAGCAUUUGUUAUUUACAGGAAAAUGCUAUUUUUCAGGGGUUUGACUGGAUUAGCCUUUGGAUGUUUCCUAGUUUUCUCUGUGUAGAGGGGAGGUUUCUUAAUUUUUGCAUACUGUAUAUCUUUACAGCAUAUGCAGUUUUCACAAAUGAAAUUUAGAUGCAACAGAGCUAAUUUCUUUGGAAGGCACAGGUGUAGACAAAAAAAUGUGUAAAUCCCAGUCUUACGCAGUGUCAUUUUACUUCCUGUCUGGCAUUAAAUCACUUCAUACUAGCCUUUAUUCACCAACACUUGCAGUAUUAUCUACACUAUUAAAUACAGCUUUCAGAUAAGUUACAAGGCACUUCCCCAAUGAUGCCAAAGGAAGGACCUUCCCCUCAAUUAAAGUGGAACUGCAUUUCUAACCAGCAGUUAGCACCAUUCCUCAGUCUCCCGUGCAAAACGUUUGGUAUUUAGAAGCACGGACAGACAUAAAAAUGAAAACACAGUCUUCCGAAUGAUCAUCAGAUUACAGCACAAUCAUUCCAUAGUUCUGUACUGCCAGCAAUGUCACAGCCACCUUACUCUGUCUUUUGAUGGAUGAUAAUGAUGUCAAGGCAUCAGGCCAAAAAAGAAAAAAAAAUAGUGUGUCUGUUAAUGUCCGCUGACCUCCCUGAAACGCCUCCAAGAAGGCAUCCGAGAAGGCGCCACUAAUCGGUGGAAAGCAGUGUCUUACAGGAACGUACAUCCUGCUUCCAGCACAAACGCAGCGAUCAAUGGUGCUGUCUUUCCCUCACCCAGCAUCCAUCUGCUUUCUGCUUGGUGCUUUUAAAACAGAGAAUGGGAAUUGGCCGGGGAGCCAUCUUACGAGUGUCUGCCCCAUACGGGCCACCGCAUUUUAGCAGCUUGAAUGUGUCAUUAAUUAUCAGAGUUCCGAAAAGAUUCAGUCCGUGUUUAUUUCAAUCACAGCAUGCUGCCAAAGUUGGUUUGAGUGUAUUUUGUCUUAUUAGAUCGGGGGGUGACCAGCCCUUACAAGCAAGGGGGUCAGAGUAGGGGAGAGGCAAGCAUGUCCCUCCAUUACAUUGGCAUGUACAAAACAGUCUUUUUAUACAGUAUUGUCAGUGUUCUCAUAUCUAUUCCUCUGCUUGCUUUCAUGGGCCAAAAGGCCAGAAAAAAAUUACCAUUUGAAAGGACAUUUUAAAUGUCUAAGCUUAAAUUCCUAAGCAAAACUUAAAUAUUUAAGUGUAAGCUUUCCAUUGAAAGGGCCAAAGAAAUCCUGUGCCAUAGCUUGGAUGCUCCAAAUUUAAGAUGGGUACAUGUUUUUCUUUUUACCAUUUCAUCAGCUCAUCCUGUUUGACAAAUUAAUACACAUACAAUUAUCAUUGCAAAACAGAAAAUGGCAGUUGCGGUCACAACACACUGUUGUUCUGCCUCCACUCAUUAUUGUCAUUAUUUGGAGAGGAUUUCAAGUUGUUUAACGAUCAUUGACAGGUUAUUCUCAGAUGUGAUGGACUUCUCUAUUCACGGACUGCAACAGGCCCUUCCUGCAUCUGAAGACGAUUAUAUUGACUAAUGGCUCAAUGUUGCAUGGCAGUACAGAGAACUGUUAUUCCAGGGAGCCAGCAGAGGGUGCUUUUUAUCCAUUCACCCCAUCAUAGUUUCCAUGUGCCUUUAUUGAGCCCCACAAACUGACAUCCCACUCAUCAAAUGGAAGUGAUUUCCCUGCCACUUCAUUAAAAAAACUUCAUUAAAAACAACAAAAGCUCAUUAAAAGUCUGUAUCAUUGUGCUCCAUUGUGAGAAUGCUUGCUAUAUGUUGCAGUUUUACUGUCAAUGAAGUGAGAGCAUUGGCGCUGUAAAAUUCUGCUUGCAGCUGGUCUGAUAUGCAAAUGAGCUUCUGUCUCCAACAGGGGAGAGAGCACUGCCAGCCAGGUUCAGUGCGGUGUCAGUGACCCUCCUGGCCCAUGCAGCCAGGUGCAUGUUUAAUGCAAUUUAAUGCAGCAGUCACGCUGCCGCAGCCCUCCCGUCCUGCGAUCUGUGAGCUCUACGCGCUCCAUGUGCUGGCAUACCAUGGCCUGUGAAGGUACGGAGAAACGCUGCCCUGUCCUGCCCUGCGCUGCUGUCACUUGCUGCUGCACAUAUCACCCAUCAGAACCACUGCUGGCUGGGAGGGUGCUUUUGGCGGGGACAGACAGAACCAACAUGGAGCAUUCUCACAUCGCUGCGUUACGCGCUAGCAGGGUGAGGGCAUUCUCUCCAACGUUCGUAGCUUUGGCCCCCCUCACGCACCUGCUGACCCUUUCUGGGUGUCAGGAAGCUUGCCCCCCUCACGCACCUGCUGACCCUUUCUGGGUGUCAGGAUGCUCGCUUGAAAACACAGAGCUUCUUCUCUUCACCUCUGCGCCCAUCCUCUCAGACCCUGGUUAUUCACAUGACCAGAGGAGUGAUGAUUGGAUCAAAACAGAGGAAGCUGUGGGCACUGUAUGUCUUGCAUAACAGUUCUGUGUGAGUGCUAAAAGUUUCCCUCAUGGUUCAGCCAGUGCCGGGGGCCCAAACCCAAAGCUGGCAGCACAGUCAGAUACGACCUCAUCGGGCUAUAUUAACGGGGAUGUCAGUGUAGCAGCAACUGUAAAUGGAGCGGACAAACACCCUCGCUCCACUGCUAGAUAUCCUUUGUGGAUGACGACCAGCAUCACUUCAAUUAGGAUUGACAGGAGUGCUUUUCUGCUCAGGCCACAACACCCAACUCACUCAUCAGAUCAGAGCCAGGGGGCUUUUCAUAUCCAUCAAUGGCAGGAGGUUGUUACAGAUGAGGAAAACUAGGUUAGAUUACGUCAUACACAUUUUGGUCUAUUAUUUUUUUAUAUCUAUAUGCAUACAUAUAAAUAUACAUAUAUGAAUGUGUGAGAAACGUGUCUGUAAUGUGUAUGUAUUACUAGUAUGUGUUAGCUUGUCUAGAGGAAUAUGUACCAUAGGAUAAACUUGUUCUGUAGCAUCGCAACUUGUACAAAAGGCACAAAAAGCUCCUGUGUCAUUGAGCACCCACUGCUUCCAUAUUCUUUUCCUUGUUCUGAUGUUUCAAAGUAGUGUGUGCACUCUAUAUGCCUUUAAAUAUCCAAAUGCAAUCAAGUUGUGUUGUUUGUUUUUGCCACCUAUGUUUUCUGGAAGAACUGAGGCUGUUAGAAGUAAUAUUAGGCUUGCACAUCAACGGCCUAGGUUUUGGAUAGAGGAUGUUUGUGGGUAGAAUGGGUUAGUGGCAGCAGGACGUUUCUGGCCUGUGUCUCUAGUCAGUGCAGGUGACACUGGCCCGUGGUGUCACCAGCGUCUCGAAUCAUGUUGCCACCUGUCCUUCAGCAUUCACCUGCUGCCCAGCACCGCGUUCAUGAUCACACCAACUACAUGAGAAGCAGCUAUGCUUAAGAAGUGAUUUGUUUUUCUUCUAAAUGGAUGGGAAAGAAAAACUUACUAAACAUUCCUAUGACAUCAUUUGGAGACCAAGGCUUUAUAUAACCUGACCUACUGUAGUUAUCAAAACCUUUGUGCUGUGUAGUCAUUCGUGCAAACACACAGGCUGUUGUAGAAUUGAUCAAGCUCCUUUGCUGAUGAGUUCUUUCAUGCACAUAGUUGACACGUGAUACCUCUGUGUUUCUCCUGCUCCAAACAUUGAAAUAGACUUGUGAGAGAUCAAUAUCCAUGGAAAGCUGAGUCUGUUUAAACAUGCCUUGUUUGCAUUAAAUGAGCAAAAACAGCAAACAUUAUUGCUUUCCAACAAGGGCAAAGCUAUGAGUCAUUUUAUCAUUGGAAAGAAUAUCAAUCAAUCAAUUGGAGAUACUCUGGUUGACUCCUGCUGCCCUUUACUGAGGACAUCUGUCAACCUGAGCAUUAUACAAACAUAUUUAUAUUAAUAUCUAAAAGAGAAGCUAUGAGAGUAUACCAGCAUCUGUCAGUGUUUGAUUGACUGGGUAUGGUGUUACAGACAUCGUCAUGGCCCAAUGCCAGUGCUGGCCUGUGCGUUUGCUUGGAUGAUGUGCGAGGUACAAAUGAAACAAAGGUGUUGUCCAGACACACAGAGGUAUUCUUUUCAUACUUGUACAAUGUAUGUAAGCAAUGGCUGCGUGACCAAACGCCUCUGUGUGAAACCCUCUGCCCUGGAAUACAUAGUACCUUCGCUGCUUUUCUUCUUUACCACUGCCUCUUUGUUACUUCUUUUUCUUUAGUUAGUUUAAUCUAACUCUUCUGAGUUAGAUUGUGUACCACAAUGUGUGCUUUUCAGCCCCCAAUUUCAAAUGUGGCAAAAGACAGCUGAGACACAGGAGAGGUGAUGGUUUUCACAGGGACAGACUGGGCUGGGGUAACAGACAGAGCGUUUCAGUGUAGCGCUGUAUGAAAGGCUGCUUGUUGAAUGGACAGCUUGAGUGCUCUGCAUAUUGAACCAUGGGUGACUUCCAGAGGAAAAACAGUGAGAGAGAAACACUGCCCUCUACUGUAGAAUGAUUGCAAUUAUUUUUUUACACACUGCACUGAGGGUAUGCCAGGGUGGAGUCCCAGCUUUUUCUA